ACAGGUGACUCAGAGAAGGAGGAUCCUGAGUGUCUCAGGAUCGUUCUGAUCGGAAAGACUGGCUGCGGAAAAAGUUUCUCAGGAAAUACCAUCCUGGGAGGAAACUACUUUGAAGCCAAACCAGCUACAAAUUCAAUCACAAAGCGUUGCCAGAAAGCCCAGAGCGAAGUGGACGGCCGUCCUGUUGCUGUGGUCGACACUCCAGGCCUAUUGGACAACAGUUUGUCUCAUGCAGAAGUGCAAGAAGAGCUGCUGAAAUGCAUGAGUCUCCUGGCUCCAGGUCCACAUGUCUUCCUGUUGGUCUUACCCAUCAGACGAUUAACACCAGAGGAGAAGGAGACUUUAAAAUUUGUAAAGGAAGGCUUUGGAAAACAUUCAGAGAACUUCACCAUCAUCCUAUUCACACAUGGAGGUGAACUGGAACGUCAUAACAAAUCUAUUGAAGAUUUUAUUAAAGAUAAUUCAGAUGAGUCCUUUAAGAAGCUCAUUGAGGACUGUGGAAGAAGACACCAUGUGUUCGAAAACCACAAUGACCAGAACCGUACACAAGUCACAGAGCUGCUCAAAAAGAUCGAUAACAUGGUAGAGGAAAAUGGAGGCAGGUGCUUCACCAACGACCUGCUGCAGGAGGCUGAAGCAGCGAUACGGAGAGAAAUGGAAAGAAUCCUGAAAGAAAAGGAAGAAGAGAUGCAGCAAAAGAUUGAGGGACUACUAAGAAAACAUCAGAAAGAAAAAGAUGAAAUGGAAAGAGAGAUGAUGGAGGUAAAAGCAAAAACUGAACUACAAAUUAAGCAGAAAGACAUAAAAAUCAAGUAUAUAGAGAGGUGUCUCAAGGAGGCAGAGCAGGAAAAGAUGAAGGAGCAAGCCAGGAGAAAAGAAGAAAAAAGAAAACUGAAACUUGAGAAAGAGGAGUGGGAAGAAAAACUGAAAAAAUCUGAAACAGAAACAGGCCUCCAGAAACACCAAUCAGUGCUAAAGAAACAUGAAGCCUGGGAGAAAGAAGUGAAAAUGUUAAAGGAGAAAAACAAACAAGAAGAUAAACGGAGGCAAAAGGAGGAGAAAAGACUGAAAGAGGAGUAUGAGCAACUGAAACAAGAAUAUGAAAAACAGAAACAAGAAUAUACUAUCAGAACAGAAAAGGAGGCAAAGUACCGAGAAGAACAAGAUGAGAAGCAUCAGAAGGAGGUGGAGAAACUUAGAGAGACUCAUAAGGAAGAAGCCAGAAAGAAAGCUGAAGAGUUUAAUGAGUUCAAAGAGAAAUACAGCCAGGAAUUUGCAGCUCAGAAAAAAGUGCAUGAAAAACAACUGAAAGACAAAGACGACAAAUAUGAUAUACUGAAGGCGCUGAAAGAGCUCAACGAAAAGGAAGCCAGAGCAAAGCACCGCAAGCAGAUCAUCGACUUGGUGAAAUACUCAGUGUCUGACAGGACGCAUGAAAACGGACACAUCCUGGACCUGGCGCCGUCUUUUGGCCUCAAUGCAAAUAUGAGGCCAACAACCCUGGUGAAAGGAGCGAACACGUGA